AUGGAGCUAAAUCUGGACCGCGCGUCCUCAGUGUCCCCACCCCCCUCUUCCUCCUCCCCCUCCCCCACCCCCACGGACGCCAUCUUUGACGAGCGCGACAGGAAGUCGUCUAAGCCGGGCGCUAACUCGUUUAGCUUUAGCGGACGCGCUAACGGCCUGCCGAGCCCGACUCACUCUGCACACUGCUCCUUCUACCGCACGCGCUCUUUAGCCACCCUCACCCGCGAGCGCCGCGCCAGGAAGGUGCGUUUCUACCGUAAUGGUGAUCGCUACUUUAAGGGGAUCGUUUACGCCAUCGCUCCUGAGCGCUUCCGCACCUUCGAGGCGUUGCUAGCUGACCUGACGCGGUCGCUAAGCGACCACGCUAACCUGCCGCAGGGUGUCCGAUACCUCUUCACUGUCGACGGAGCACGAAAGAUCACAUCCCUCGACGAACUGGAGGAAGGGGAGUCGUACGUGUGCUCUUCAGAGAACUACUACAAGCGUUUGGAGUACACCAAGAACGUCAACCCCAAUUGGUCGGUCAACGUCAAGGCCUCCGCAGCCAAUAAGCUGCCGGCAGGCGGGACGGCGGGGGUGCGUGAGGAGCGUGACUUCAUCCGUCCUCGCCUGGUGACGGUAAUGCGUAGCGGGUCGCGACCCCGGAAGGCCGUCAGGGUUCUACUCAACCGCAAGACCGCACACUCAUUUGAACAGGUGCUGACGGACAUCACUGAUGCAGUUAAACUGGAGAGCGGAGCUGUGAAGAGGGUCUACACACUGGACGGAAAACAGGUGACGUGUCUUCAGGAUUUCUUCGGGGACGAUGACGUGUUCGUGGCGUGCGGACCAGAGAAGUUCCGAUACGCCCAGGACGACUUCUCAUUGGACGAGAACGCUCGUAUCUCUUCAGGCGCUAAGCCCAAGUGGGGAGGCUCUCCUAGCAACCAAGAGGGGCGUGUCCUGAAGGCGGUGUUGAAGUCGUCUCCGGGGCAACGAGGCUCUGCUAAGAGUCCUGGACCCAUACGGCGCAGCAAGUCACCUGGCGAGUCAACUAAUGGUUCCAGUAGUCAGCUGUCCACCCCCAUCUCUAAGCAGUCCCCCAUCUCCACUCCCACCAGCCCCGGCAGCACCCGCAAGCAGAAGGACCUGUAUCUGCCUCUGUCGCUGGAGGAUGAGGAUUCCCUGGGGGAGUCUGUCUAGAGAGAGAGACCUG